AUGAACUGUUCAUCUAUUCAAUUGAAUGAUUUACCCAAUGAAAAUCUCGUUCUUAUUUUCAAAAACUUAAACAAUAUUAAUCUACUUUACUCUAUCAUCGGUGUUAAUAAACGAUUUAAUGAAAUUGCACAUGAUUCUAUGUUUACUAAUUGUUUAACAUUAUUCGGUUACUUAACGAAUGGUUAUAUUUAUCCAUUACCUAAAUUAAUGCUUGAUCGAUUUUGUUUACAAAUCCUACCUGAAAUUCAUCAUAAAAUCAAUUGGCUUGAUCUUGAACCAUUAACUAUGAAACGUAUUCUUCUUUCUGCAAAUUAUCCAAAUUUAACUGGACUUGGUUUAGUUAAUAUUGAAAAGCAGACAGCCUUAAAUCUAUUAAUGGAUGAAACUUUAGUGCAUGUAUUCAAAAAUCAAAUUUCAUCACUCGUCAUCGAAACUAUUAACCAAUAUGACAAAUCAGCAGAUCUAGAUACACGUCUAUUUACAUGUAUCUUCGAUAUAUUCACUAAUUUAAAAUAUUUAAAUUUUGAUCCAGAUUUUAUUUGUCAUCAACAAAUAUCAUUCGUAAUUUCACCUCCAACUAUGUUCUCAUCAACUUUAUUAGAAUUAGAUGUCAAACCCAAACUACCAAAUUUGCAAUGUUUUUCUUUAUAUUGUCUUUCGGAAAUACAUUUCUAUGAUGAAGUUAUAUCAAUGUUACAUCGAAUGUCAAAUUUAGAAGAACUUAAAGCAAAACAAGGUUAUUGUCAUAUCUAUUCAUAUCCAUUUACAGCAAGAAGUUAUGAAAAUAUCGCGAAUAAUUUUUCAGGUGGAUUAUUUACAUGUGUUAGCGAAGUAUCAUUAUUUGAUGAACAUCCUUUUGAACAUGAAUUUUUUAUUCGAAUCGCUCAAUCAUUUCCAUUUAUGAAAUUUUUUACUAUAACGAAUCGAAAACCACAAAACGAUAAACAAUGUAGAAAAUUGAAAAAUAACAAUCAAGAUCUAUUAAUAAUUGACUAUCCUCAUCUUAAAUAUAUUCGUUUUAAAGAUAGUCAUGAUGAUUAUGUAGAACAAUUUCUACUUGAUACCAAAACGAUUUUACCAUAUGAUGUUGAUAUUUAUGUCAAUUAUAAAACUUUAAAAAGGGUAACACUCAAUUUUAGACGAAACGCAACACAAAUUAAUUGUUCUAAAGCGACAUAUCAAUGUUUUGAUAGAAUUGUUCGAUUUCCAAAAUAUUUCAAAGACUACUUUCGUGAUAUUAAAUUAAAUAUAUUUUGA